AUGACUAGAACAUCAGUAUUGGCAGAUGCUUUAAAUGCUAUUAACAACGCCGAAAAAACAGGGAAACGUCAAGUUUUGAUCAGACCUUCAUCUAAGGUUAUUAUCAGAUUCUUGACUGUUAUGCAAAAGCACGGUUACAUUGGUGAAUUUGAGUACAUUGAUGACCACAGAUCAGGAAAGAUUGUUGUACAAUUGAAUGGUAGAUUGAACAAAUGUGGUGUUAUUUCUCCAAGAUUUAACGUCAAAAUUGGUGACAUUGAGAGAUGGACUGAUAACUUGUUGCCAGCUAGACAGUUCGGUUAUGUUAUCUUGACUACAUCUGCUGGUAUCAUGGAUCACGAAGAGGCCAGAAGGAAGCAUGUUUCUGGUAAAAUUUUAGGAUUUGUAUAUUAA